UCAAUACUCUCACAAACUGCCAUCAACCCACCAAAAAGUUUCUCCCUAGCUACAAGAGAAGAACAAAAACAUGUCUUCUCUCCAACCAACAUUUUCUUCCAAAUCCAGUGCACACUUCAAUGAGUUUGAAUGGGUCAUUCAAAUCCAAAAAACACUAGAGGAAGAGCUUGAGGAUGAUGGGGAAAUCCCUGUCUCCAUUUUCAAUGUCCCCAAGGCCCUUUUGGCUAGUGAACCAGAUUCCUACAUCCCUCAAGAAGUUGCAAUUGGCCCUUACCACUAUUUGCGUCCUGAGCUCUAUGAGAUGGAGAGGUACAAAGUGGCUGCAGCUAAAAGGACCCAAAAGCAGCUCCAAUGCCUAAAGUUCCAAGACCUUGUUGAGCAAUUGAAGAAGCUGGAGCCGCGGAUUCGCGCUUGCUACCACAAGUAUUUGGAUUUCAAUGGUGACACUUUAGGUUGGAUGAUGGCCAUUGCUGCAUCAUUUUUCCUUGAGUUACUCCAAAUCUAUGGGGCCAAAGAAGGAAGGGUUUUGACCAGAGUUUCCUCAAGCAUGUCACACUUGGUUGACUUUUCAGGGAGCAAGUCAGCUCACCAUGCAAUUCUUAGGGACUUGGUGAUGCUUGAAAACCAAAUCCCACUAUUUGUGUCCAGAAGAAUUUUGGAGUUUCAAUUCACAUCACUGGAACAAGCCGACGACCUUCUGCUUUCGAUGCUAAUGGGGUUGUGCAAGGAGCUUUCACCAUUCAAGGUGGUGGAUCAAGACCUGCCAAAGAUCCAAGUCUCAGAAUGUGCUCAUUUGCUAGACUUUUUGUACCAAAUGAUCACCCCCAAGUUAGAACGUCGACCGUCUGAAAUUGUGGAAGCAGAGGAUGAAGGAGAAUCCACACCACACAAGGGAUCAAAAUCUUCUGAUGAUAGCCCGAAUUUCGUGAAGCAGUUUCUGCAGGAGGUAUGGAAGCUGCUGUCGAAACUAAACGAAGGUCCGGUACGUCUUUUGAAAAAACUACUUGUAUCUGGUCCUGUUAAAGUGCUUUUUAAAUUGCCUUGGACAAUCCUCUCCAACCUUCCUGGAUUUGCAAUGUUGAGACAACCUGUUUCUUAUUUAUUUUCCACCCAAGACAAAGAAGAAACCAACCCCGAAAAUGAGAAUUCGAGCAAUAGCAUUAGUAAACCACCAUUGAUAGAGGAGAUUACCAUCCCUUCUGUUUCUGAUCUUGUAAAAUCCGGAGUCUGUUUUGUGAAAACAAAAGGUAGCCUUUCGACCAUCUCCUUUGAUCCUAAAACAGUCACAUUUUACCUCCCUGCUACAAGCCUAGAUGUAAAUACAGAGGUGAUCUUGAGAAACUUGGUAGCAUAUGAAGUAUCAAAUGCAUCAGGGCCGUUGGUUUUCACCCGUUACACCGAAUUAAUGAACGGGAUCAUAGACACUGAGGAGGACGUGAAACUGCUUAGAGAGAAAGGUAUAAUUUUGAACCAUUUGAAAAGCGAUGAAGAAGUAGCCAACGUUUGGAAUGGUGUUGGUUUUCACCCGUUACACCGAAUUAAUGAACGGGAUCAUAGACACUGAGGAGGACGUGAAACUGCUUAGAGAGAAAGGUAUAAUUUUGAACCAUUUGAAAAGCGAUGAAGAAGUAGCCAACGUUUGGAAUGGUAUGAGCAAGUCCAUUAGAUUGACCAAAGUGCCAUUCUUGGACAAGACAAUUGAAGAUGUGAACAAGUAUUACAAUGGCAGAUGGAAGAUCAAAAUGACAAAGUUUAUGAAGGUUUAUGUUUUUGGUUCCUGGCAAUUUCUUGCUGUGCUUGCUGGCUUGUUGCUCUUGCUCUUGAUGACAUUGCAAGCAUUUUGCUCAGUCUAUUCCUGCAGUCGCGUAUUCCAUAUCACCACCACUAUUACUUAGUGAUGCUUUAUGCCUAAUUAGCUUAUUUCCUUCCCUUCUUUUGCUAAUUGAAACCUCUUGAUUUGUACUUCCUAAGCUUGGUGUGUGCUUUCUUUAUUUUAAUUGGUUGUAUUUUCAAGGGUGGAUUGUGUAAUGAUCUAAAGAUUGCAGUAGUGAUUAUUUGCUAAUGGCUUGAUUCUCUCUUUUUCUUUUGUAUUCUCCUUUGAGGAAAUUAAUUAAUUAUGAUUGUAAUGAUGAUCAUUAUCCUCCAAAUUUCUUGGCCACUAUACUUUUAAAAUUAAGA